AUGGUAGGAUGUGACAGGGCCAACUUGAAUCUUGUUUGCUCCCAACAAGGACUUGUAGCCGGGUAUCUGCGAUAUACAGAUGAUGGUGAAACUAUUGACUGCACUAAGAUGGGGAUGUAUGGUCGUUCUAUACCAGGUCAAAUGAAGAACAUUGAGCUGCUAGACAGUACCGCAAGCUUUGUUCUACUUGUGGAGAAAGACUCAACCUUUGGGUUGGUAGAUUGUGACCCAUACGUAGAUUGUGACCCAUACGGUCUUAAGUCAGCUUCCUCAUUUGGGUCGAAGAAGUUAUCCUAUAACAGUUCGAGCUUGAUUACUUCGGCGAUAAAGUGGCUCAGAAUUCUACCACGAGAUAUUAAUGAGCAUUCGAUUCCCAAUAAUCAAAGAAUACUCUUGACCGAAGCGGACAAAAAGUAUGGAGAAGAGAUGCUAGAUGAUGAGUGUACGAAGGAAAAUAACAUUUGGGGACAAGAACUGUGGCUAAUGCUCGACAAUGGAUUCAAAUGUGAUUUGCAGUCCUUAGAGACACUCAACAUUCAAUAUUUGAGCAAAGUUUAUUUGCCUAAGAUACUCGGACUAAAGGGCUGGAUUGAUUGUAGGUGA